AGGCGCCAUCCUUCGUCGAGAUCUUCGUGCCGCACAACAUGGGCUACGUGACGGUCGGCGCGAGAGGACGGCAGACGGCGAUCGCGCGCUGGGUGACGAAGAACGCCGACGCGCUUGCCACGUCGUUCAACACGGAGCGGCUCGAGCGCAGCGGGCUGCAGCAGCAAGACGGCAAGUGGGUCGCCAACGAGGAGCUGCUGCUGGCAAUCGAGCGCUUCAACGCACACUUCAAGAAGCGCUACGGCGUCAAGAAAACCAAGCACUUUGUUGCUGCCGCGCAGGAGCACACGCUUGACUUCCUCGAGCGCGCACUCAUGCUGCAGCCCAACGGCUGGGCCAAGAUGGGCCUGGGCGCGGCGUGCAUGCCGACGGCGCGCCUCUGCAGCGACGGUUUCCGCCUGCGGUGGGACUACUGCGACCUGCGCCGCCCAAAGUACUGGUGCAUGUCGAAGGAGGCGGCAAAGGCGGACGGCCGGUACCGCCCCGGCGAGCCCGUGUGGGACGAGUGCAGCGAAGUCGUCGACGCGCAGAAGGGCACGCUGUGGUGGCGGCGGCUGCAGCUGCUCACCGCAAGCACCGGGCGGCAGGGGCCGGCGCUCCUCGUGUCCAGCCUGCCGCACGGGCAAGACUUUGCAGGCGACUCAAAGUCGCGCACGAGUGCCGAUCAGGGCGGGCUGGGCGGUGAGUGCUCACCUGCCUGCUCUUCCGGCCAGUGCGCUGACCCUGCGCAGGCACGACCGGCCUUGAGCGCACACAGGAGGCGAUUGCCAAGGCGCAUGCGGCCGGGCGCACGGUGCACCACGUCGGCAUCGACCCCGGCAUUAACAACGUGCUUACGGCGUCGCGCAUUAUCGGCCUCGAGGAGGGCACGCUGUACACGCUGCCGGGCCAGCACACGCACCCCGACGGGCGUCGGCCGCUCAGCAGCAAGGAGCGCGCCGAGGAGGGCCUGCCGGCCUACAGCAGGACACAGAACGGCCGGACGAUGGGCGACCGCCUCUACCGCGCGACGCCGGACGACGUCGAGCAGUACGCGCGCCGGCAGUCGGUCGCACUCACCAAGGGCACGCUCGACGACCACGCCACGGCUCUCGCUGUGGAGCUGCAGCUCCUCGAGGCCGAGCACCAUCCUCCCGAGCACGCCAGCGAGGGCGAGCGUCAGCGACACCGGGCGGCCUUCAACCAGCACUCCGACACCAUUGCGCUGCGCGAGGAGCUCAUGCGGGUCGAGGAGCGGCAGCGUGAUCUGGCGAGCGAGGCGAUGCUGGAGUGGCUGCUGAUGCGAGAGGGCGGGGUCAUGGAGAAGAGGCACCAGGUGUGGGAUCGGCAGGACGCGCUGGUGGUGGU